AUAAGGGGUGGUAGCACUGGAGAUUCAAAAGAAGGGAGGACAUCUUUAAAAGCGCGUCCUAAAAUAUUGCAAAGAGAAGAAAGUUAGAGAGUGAGCGUGGAACAAGAGAUAGAAUUGAGAAGAAAGUUAGAGAGCGAGCGUGGAGCAAAUAGAUAGAAUAGAGAGGGAGGGGAGUAAAGUAGAGAGGUAGAUAGAAUCGGGCGAAAGAGCGAGAGAGAAGGAAAGUGAAAGUCUUAGGCAGAGGACUUAGACAAGAAAGAAGAAACGAAGAGCGAAAGUUAAAGUAAGAUAGAAUAUUAAGCUACUAACGAGGAGAUAGAAUGAAACAACAGCACUAGCCAAUCUAGAACAGUGUGAAUUUGUAGGUGUAUGUGAAGAGUCACGCGAAAGCAGUUCGGAAAUUCUUGUAUCGCAGAUUAUGAUAAAAUCCGUAUCCAAGCGCAACUUUUAUCUGUAUUUAAUAAUAAACUCUAUUAUUAUUCGUGUAUAUUACUGUGAGUUGAAAAGUUAUUUGAACAAUUUCCAAGUACAAUUUUCAAAGGUAACAUCAAUCAUUCCAGCGAAGUCAGAAAAAGAAAUUGCUUGAAGACGUAUAUUCUGACGAGGACUUUUAUACUCGAAUCCCAAAGAUUACAACUCUGUGUCGCAUUGAACUGAGUAGCUGUCAAAGAAUCAAAGAGUAGAUAUGACAAAUAUGAACACCGUGGGAAAAGAGAUCGACAAUUAUAAUCAGAUAAUUACGAGUGAGACCGGAAACUUUUCAAAUAUAAAAAGAAUUCUCUUCAUCAUAUUGGAACUUUUGAUUCUUAUUUUAAAAAUUGUCUACUAUAUCUGCGAAGGAACGUACAGAUUGUUUGUCCCAAGACAAAAAAAGAAUGUGUCUGGCGAAAUCGUUUUGGUAACUGGUGCAGGUGAUGGAAUUGGAAGAGAAUUAGCAAUUGGUUAUGCGUCCUUAGGAGCAACGGUGAUAUGUUGGGACAUUAAUAAAGAAACCAAUAAGCAAACAAUGAACGAGAUUAAAACAAUGGGGAAAAGUUCUGUAUAUGCUUAUCAAUGUGAUGUGUCAAAUAAAAAUGAAGUUUUUAAGAUGGCUGAAAAAGUAAAAAUGGAAGUUGGCGACGUUACUAUUUUAAUCAAUAAUGCCGGCAUUGCACCAAUACGAACAUUCCAAAAAUAUAAUAUCGAUGAAAUUUCUAGGGUCAUAGAUGUAAAUCUAAUGGCACACUAUUGGACUAUGAAAGCAUUCCUACCAAACAUGAUCGAAAAAAAUCACGGUCACAUUGUAGCAAUUUCAUCGAUAGCAGGAUUACUUGGCGGAAAGUAUGGAUCACUUUACUGUGCUACAAAAGCUGCAAUUCGAUUGAUGAUGGAAUCUAUUACUGACGAACUGCGUCAGUGCAAUAAAGGAAAGUCACUUGUUAAAACGUCUACUAUUUUUCCGAGUUGGGUGAUCACUAAUUUGACUAAAAAUGUCAGAGUAAGAUUUCCAAGUAUUUCUACAUCUUAUUCACCGCAACAAGCAGCAUCUUUAAUAAUCGAUGCACAGAGAAGAGAUUACAAAGAAAAGAGUUUUCCUUCAUUUUUCUUAUUAUUAAUGACAAUUGUAAGAAUUUUUCCCGACAAAGUACGAGUGAGCGUAAUGGAUUUCCUUGAUGUUGAUUUCGGUGGAGACAAUUAAAAAAAAUAUAUGUAAUACAUUAAUAAGUUUCUUGGCAAACAAGCGAAUAUACUAUAAGCUAUAUUAAGGGAAAAAGGGUAUGCAA